AUGACGAAGGUAGAGGAUGUUCUACCUACUGUUGCCAGCACAUCUUGCAAGUUUGGUACAUCCACACAAGACAGAGAUGCCGAAAUAACUGAAACUGUUGAAAAUGUUCCUCCCCUGCAAAAGGAACAAUCUAUAUCCAGUGGCACUUUGUCCAAAAUCUGGAUUAAGUAUGAUGACAGCCGACCAACUAGACUUAUCUUUAACGGAGAGAUUGUAGACGAUUUGAUAAGAGCGAUCAAGAAGGAACUGUCACCCGAUUUGGAUGAUGUGGCCAUUAACCGCAUUACUCUACGAAGACACGGUGAAGAAGAAGACUUGGAUUCUUGGCUAAAAGUGGAUGGUAGUUUUGAAAAUAAUGGUAAAUCACCUCUACAAGUCAUCGUAAAUUCACCUGAAUCAGAAGUUUUAAGUAAGGUUGUAAAAACAAUCCAGGAAGGAUUCUCCCAGUUUAAGCCUACUAUAACAAUCAAAGCAUCGAGUCUCUCGGAAAAUAGAGCAAGGGAUCUAGCGAGUAAACUUGGAUUAACAUCUUUGGAUUUUAAGGAUGCAUUAAAUUUACCAGAAGAUUUUCAUGUUCAGGAUGUCCAUAAUGAAAGUGAUUAUUGCCGACAUAUACCAAGUGCUAAUGUCACUUUAACAGGAGGUACUGAUAUUUCUAUUGGACCAAGCGAUACCCCCUGUGUUUGGGUUGAAACUGAGAAAAAGGAGGAGAAUUUUAAGGAAGAGGGCAAGAAACAACAUUUAACAUCAUCUAAAAUUAAUAAUCAUGGUAUUGCUUUGGCAAUAAUUAAACAGUUCGUACUUGAUGAAUGGAAAACUGUUCGAGAUGUAGUCGAGCCAAAUAUUAUAUAUCAAACAAAUUUACCCUUUCCACUUACAAAGAAAAUAAAGCUUGAACAUAUACCCGAAGAGGUUGAUGACAGAAUGUCAGACGUAAUCGAUAAUAUGACGGAAAAAGAAUUAUUUAAUAUGUCAAUGCGCAAGAGAUUAAAAUUAGCAAAAAUUCUUGUUAGUAUAGAGGAACAACCAAUUAUAGAUCAGUUUAUUAGUCAGUUUAGUGAUGAUUAUGAAAAUUCGUCACCAUUGAUAAUUUUAUUGAACAACGAAGAUUUCAAAGGACCAACAAGCCCUGCAUCUAGUGCCUCCAGUGAAUGCGAUUCAGAGACUAUAAUUGAUAAUGAUCAUCCAUACGAAUGCAAUUGGAUAGGUUGUGGAAAAGCAUUUUCAGAUCUCACUAGACAUAGAAGAAUUCACACCGUGAACGUCCAUAUAGAUGCGAAUGGAAUGGUUGCGGAAAGCAAUUUAUACAGCGUUCAGCAACUCAUACAGGAAAAAGGACUUAUGUAUGUAAGAAAAACGCAAAUAAAACAUGGACUUCAAAGACCACAAAAUUUAAAUUCAGAUUGA